UUACAUUUUUAAACAUUUACUUUUUAGAACUUAAUUACUUGUUGUAUUUUGUAAAAUUCAUUUAAGUCAUAGAAGAGUAGAGCUUUAUAAAUGUCAUUUGCAAAUAUAAAAAAAACUGAUGUCAUCAACUUUUUGAAAAAAUUUUUUCCAAUACUGGUUUGGCUUCCUCAAUAUAACUUUAAAAAAUUUCGUGGGGAUUUUAUUGCUGGAUUGACUUGUGGUGUUGUUGUUAUUCCGCAAAGCAUUGCCUUUGCCAAUCUUGCUAAACUUCCUCCACAAAAUGGAUUGUAUGCCUCCUUAACACCUGGUCUAAUUUAUGGCAUAUUUGGUACAUCAAAAGACGUAAGUACAGGUACUGCUGUGACUCUUGGCUUGUAUACAUCAAGAUUUAAUCCAACAAACAGUACCAUAGGCGCAUCACUUUUGAGUUUUUUAACUGGAAUCAUUUUGGUGUUAAUGGGUAUUUUUAAACUAGGAUUUUUGAUCAAAUAUGUUCCUCAGCUUGUCAUUAGUGCUUUUGUGUCAGCUACAGCUAUCACCAUUAUUGUAACACAAUUUUCUAAUUUAUUGGGAAUCAAAGGUGCACCUGUAAAUGUAUUUGAGAUUCUAAAACACAUUAUUUUAUAUAUUAAGAAUAAAAAUAACUGGGACAUUUGUAUGAGCGCUUGCUGCCUUAUUAUUCUAACAUUUUUUAUUUUGCUCUCAAACUUGAAGUUGGAAGGAAAACCAGUAUUGAAAAAAAUUGUUUGGUUUUUAUGUGCGGCUCGAAUGGCUAUUGUAUGCCUCUUUGCAACGCUUGCUGUUUAUAUAUUUCAUAUCUAUGGAUACCAACAGAAGUUUUCUAUGGCUGGCAAUAUUCCAAAAGGCCUUCCUCAGUUCCAGAAUCCUUUUGAACCUUGGAAAGAUGGCAAUGUUACAAAAAAAAAAACAAGUGAACUGAUAGAUGGCUAUGGCGCCUCUCUUUUUAUCCUACCAGUUAUUAUGUUUAUUGAACAAAUGUCUAUUACUAAGGCCUUUGGAAAAAAGUUUAAUUACAAAGUAAAAGCACAAAAUGAGUUAAUUGCUAUAGGAAUGAUGAAUAUUGUUGCUUCUUUUUUUGGAGGUUGGACUGUUGGUGGAAGUUUUACACGUUCAGCUGUUAAUUCUAUGAGUGGUGCACAAACUCCUUUAGCAGGUGUAAUAUCAGGAAUCAUUGCAUUAAUAGCUCUAGAGUUUAUGACUCCAGCUUUUUAUUACAUUCCGUCUGCUGCACUUGGAGCUAUGAUGCUGAUGGCCGUUUUAACUAUGAUUGAAAUGAGUUUAAUUAAGAAAAUUUGGAAAAUAUACAAAUGGGACUUACUACCAUUUUUGGCUGCUUUUGGCACAAGUUUUUACAAACUAGAGUAUGGAGUUUUGGCAGGAACUGGGAUUUCAAUACUAAUAAUGCUUUCCCGCGAAGCGCGUCCAAAAUAUUAUUUGGAAAAGGAUGACUCUAAAAAAUCUCUAACAAUUUUACUUAUGGAAAAUUUAACAUAUCCUGGAGUUGAUGCAUUAAAUAAAACAAUUUAUUCCGAAAUUAAUAAAAAUUUUGAAAUCAAAACAUUGUACUUAGAUAUGUCAACUAUGGUGCGAAUUGAUUUUACAAUACUUAAGAAUUUUGAGUUUAUGAAAGAUGAGUUAUUUAAAAUGGGAAUUAGUCUUCAGUUUAUUAAUUUUACUCGUGACUCAGUAAAAUAUAAGUUUUAUAAUGCCGGUUUGAUUCCAGAUAACCCAAUAUUUAAAGAUCAAACAAAUUUUUUAUCAAUGCUACUAGAGUCGAAAACUGAUGAUGCUAAAAAUUAUCAAAGUGAAGGAGAAAUUUCAAAGAUAAAAUAUCUUAAAACUGGAGUAAAUGAAGAAGAUGAUGUUGAAUUCGUCGGCAACAUUCUAGAAAAUAACAAUUUUGUUGUGAACUGAAUGCAGUAUUGAAUACAAUAUUGCUGAGAGCUGUUGUGUACUCAUUGGGUAUAUUUAAAUUUUAAUAUAUAUUCAAAAUUGUAACAUAUUUCCUAAAUUUUGAUAUAUUUUUACAGAAUA